UAUGAGAGCAAUCAUCGCAAUUUGCUUAUUGUCAGCUGUGUUUGCUUUAGAUACAAAUAAAUUUGCUGUCCUUCUUCAAGCUGGUACCAGAGGAAAUGAUGCUGUUGAAUCUGUUUACAAUCUCUUAAGAGAUCUCAAGACAGAAAAUGUUUAAGUCUAAGCUGCCGCAGACAGAAAGAAUAACACAGAUGAAGGUAAUAAAAUAACAUUAUCUCUUCUUAGAAAUCUUUUCUUAAGUUAUUGGUGAUUUGACAAAUGUUGCUUCCCUCAAUAAAUAAUAAUGGGAAUCCCUUGGUGUAGUCAGAGGAGAUGUUGAAGCCUAAAUCAGAGUAUGAUUAUUUAAUAAAACUCUUAAGGAUGGAUAUUAAUGGUUGGCUUGGGCUGAAUCCAGACUUGCUGAAAUUGAAAGAAGAAAUGCAUAACUCUAAGAUUAAAGAUGUUGGGCCAAUGGACUUUUUGUUAAAUCACUUGCUGAUCAUGCUGAUGCCGUAGCAGUUGUUUAACUCUUACAACAAGAUGUUGCUGGAUUCCUUACAAAUAAUGCUGGAGUCGAACUUGUUGAGAAAGCCUAAACAAUAGCUGACAAAUUGUCUGCAUACAGUCACCUUUUCUAAUAAGAUGCCCUCUAAAAAUUCCAAUCCCUUGCUGAAGUUAAGAGAGAAGGAACCACAGGAGAAUAAGUCCUUUCAAUCUUAUAAGAUUUACAAGCUGAAUUAGAAUCAACUCUUGCCACAUUAUAAGAAUAAGAAAUUCAUGCAGCUUUCGCUCUUGCAAAAUAUGUUUCAGACACAAAUGCUGAAGUUGCUUGGUUGAACUCUGAACAUGAAAGAAGAACUGGUCUUGUUGAAAAAUUGGAAACAGUAUAAAUCUUAUAUUAUAUAUUAAGUAACUUCCAGCUGUUUUGGCCUAAUAAGCUAAAGCUCUUAAAUUAUGGAAAGAUUCCUUGAAUGCAGUUGCUGGUGCUACAGCUGAUCUAGAAGAGAAGAGAGAAUUCUAUGCUUCUGAAACAGCCAGAAGACAAGGUAUUAAUUUAUUUUACUAUAUUUAGAGGAAAAUGCUAUCAUAGAUGUCGUUAUCCAACUUUUCAAAGAUUAAGUUAGAUCAUUAGCUUCAUAAACAUCCCUAAAUAGACAUUGAU